AUGGCAUAUAGAACAUCGAAAUUCGAUUCUGGUUGGCCACUGCCAACAACUCUUUCGCCGAUACAGAAUUUGAAUCAAAUUCAAUCAUAUGAUCUUUCGACAGCAACUAUCGAACUAGGUUCAAGUUCUAUACUCAAUAAUGAUACUCAUCAUCAUCAUCAGAAACUAUCAAUAUGGGUCAAUGAUGAAUCAUAUUUUGAAAAGCUUCGAUCUACAGCUGAAUAUCGUCAGAAUAAUAAAGUAGAAUCAUAUGUGACAACAUCGAAUAUGUCAAAUUUACUUGAAAAUUUUAUUGGAUCAAUUCAACCUUGUACUACGUGGUAUUCAGACGAUAUGAAGAAUAUGAAAUCACAAGUAGCUAUCGUCUUAUGUCGACUUGAGUUACUCAAACAAAGUUCUCUUAAUAAUGGAAUGACAAAAUCAAUAGAAAAUGAUAGAUAUGAAUACAGUGUACAUCAACAAUUUGAUACAUGUAUUUUGCCAAUAAGAACAUCACAUGGAACAGUAUUUUUUGAUUUUUCGAAACAAUCAAUCAACUAUGAUAUUUAUAUACAAUUAAUGCAACUUGUACGUUUAUCGAAUUUAGAUAAACUUAUUGAAAAAAUAUUUCAUAAAUCAGGAGAAUAUCAUCAUAUAGAUUAUAAAGAACAACGUCAAAAACAAUUUGAAAAAGAAAAAAAUAAUCAUGAGAAUUUAUCAGAUCAUCACGUUUAUCAAUUAAACCAAAAUCUAACAGUUAAUCAUUAUGAUUCUCAUUCUAUUUUAUCAAAUUCAUCAAUUCAUAAUAAAUAUCAAUUAUCAAACAAUAAUGAUUUAAUGUAA